UGCAGAGGUAUUGGUUACUCCACUGUGAUCUGCAGGUAUUCUGUAAUCGAGCGCUCUAGACGUUUUCACUGAUCAUAUGAACAGAACCGCGAUCAGAAUGCGACAAGCACUUGAUCUGGACGUGUUGGGCCUGGUUAGCGAUUCACUCCUUGACACAGCAACAGUCCUCUCGUUCUCGCUCGUCUCUCGCGCUCUGCACCCGGUCGCCGUAAAGCGGCUUCUCAGCAUGAAGCCCAUCAUCCUGAAAGACGAGCACUCGGUUCGCACCUUCCAUGCGUUCAUCUUCGCCGAUCCGGAGCCCCGCCUCCCCUUCGUCCGAGCUCUAAAUAUCGAUAUUCCCAAACUUGCGGGGAUAGCUCCGAGUCGUGAGGAAGCCGCGUCCUGUGUACUGGAAAUCCUGGAACGCGUCACGCACCUCGAGUCCCUUGUUCUGCCCUUUCCCAGAUGGACGUGCCUAAACGACAGCAGAAUACUCCAGGCUAUCGUGCGGCUCUCUACCCUGCGCGAGCUCGGGCUGCUCGAGGGAUGCCCAGAAAUAUCAGAAAUCGUCAAGUCUACGUGCUCCGCCUCGUCCCUUCGCGUCCUACGUGUCUCUCUGGACAGACUGCCUACCUCUGGGGAUGAUUUUGGCCUCAAGAUGGCCGAAAUCGACGCCUUUCUGCACCACCUCAUACCCACGCUGGAAGUCCUCGAUAUCAGAGAGACGACGUUGGUGCUCGAUGCGAAGGGCGCGGAAUACCCUGCCCUACGCUCGCUCGUGGCGUGCAUCGAGGAGGGCAUCAUUCGCACGGACAUACUCGUAUCCAAAUUCCCUGCGCUGGACGGUACACUUGGCGUCGGCUCAGUGUAUGGCGCCCUGCAAUCCGACGAGCUAGAGCAGCGGCGCAUCCGCGCGUCGAACCAAGACUCGCAGAAGAAGCGGCGCUGGAAGCACCUGGAUUGCGUCAUGGGCGAUGUGCUCGCGCUUUUCGUGCUCGGCCUCACAUGUCCCGUGCGCUACCUCAUGGUCCACGGCUUUUGCGGCCACCAAAGGAGCGAGAUGGUGGACAUUCUGCGCGCAACGCCCCCCACUCACCUCAAGCUGUCGACCAUACUGUACCACGGUGGCGACGUCUUCCAGGACUUGUUCCCGUCGGAGGUCAUUCCGCGGCUCACGCACUUGACGUGGGUGCUCGAAUAUGCCAAUCCGCCGGCGGACGACGAACUGAGCGACGGAGAUUUUGUUCAAAAUAUGCAAUGGAGCACCUUUCUCACGAAAGUCGUCGCCUCUAUCUGCGCGCUGCGUCUCACCCACUUCCGACUUUUCGUACAUUACGACAUCUGUCUCAACGACGCAGAGUAUGUGCCACACUCCAGGGACUUCGUUCGUAGCAUGGCCAAUCUCGACCACGCACGCCUCGCGACUGAACUCAUGCACGCCGUCCCCUCACUGCGACAUGUCUUUCUGAGCAUGGGGGGGCAGUUUGAUGUAACGCCCGACGACCCCGACGUGCGGCGGCAGACCCGUGGCCGCUGGUUUGCGCAUUCUGCGUGGAAGAAUGCGCCUUCCGGACCUCCCAUGCGGCUCGACGCGGACGUCAUGGAGCGCAUGUUGGUGGACGAGGACCUGGUGCUGUCGGACGACGACAACUUCUCGCUGGGGUUCCAAAGAACCUGGAAGGAGGAAGAGACGGCGCCUUGGCCCCUCCCGGAGUGA